CAAUGAUUUAGUCAGGAUAUCAGUUCUUGUUUGGUUUUCGAGGUUGUGGUUGAUGUAGAUGUUGAGAGGAAUAAUUUUUCUAAGAUCGAGCAUCAGUUUAAGGGUUUCAAAGUGAAUUGUGUGCAUUUGCUUUGCAUAUUAAUACACAUGACAAGCUGCCAGCUCUGACAUUGAUUUCAUGUAGAGGCAUGCAUGCACAAACAUGAGCCAACAGGCGUAAGCGAACCAAUCCGGGCUCUCGAUUCGUCUCAAGCCAGAUCUAGUAGAAGUUCACUUUACUAGAAACAGAAUAGGUUAAAACAGCUCAGAGAGACGGACGGACAACGGGGAAGAAGUGACAUAACCCGCAACGAAACAAACAACCCCCGACGGAAAAUGACCCUGCUCGACCUUCAUUCAUGUCUUAGUAACGUCGAUGAGCAGAUGACCAAUUCUCAAGAAUACAUGAAUUUUAACGUGUGGAAAGGCACAUCAGACCAGCUUCAUCAGAUGAUGACGGAGGAAGCCAACGGUGACACCGUCAUGGGUGACAAUGUACAUCUGAAGAUCUUAGUGCCCAGUAUUGCAGCAGGGGCCAUCAUUGGAAAAGGAGGAGAAACCAUCGCCCAAGUACAAAAAGAAGCUGGUGCCCGUGUCAAAAUGUCAAAAGCCAAUGAUUUCUACCCAGGAACAACAGAGAGGGUCUGCCUGAUCAUGGGGGGAGUAGAAGCCGUCAAAAGAGUCCAUUGUUUCAUCAUGGAGAAAAUCCGAGAAAAACCAGAUCCCAACCCCAAACCUGACGAAACAAAUAAAAACUUUGAACGACACAGACAGGUAAAAAUUCUAGUUCCAAACAGUACAGCUGGCAUGGUCAUUGGCAAGGGGGGUAACUACAUCAAACAAAUCAAAGAAGAAAGCGGGGCUUACAUUCAAAUCUCCCAGAAGUCAAAAGAAACCAAUCUACCUGAGCGCUGCAUCACUGUAGCGGGUAUGUUGAGUGAAGGAGAAAUUGAGAAUAACAGAAAAGCUGUAGAACUUAUUUUACAAAAAAUUGUAGAAGAUCCCCAAAGUGGAAGUUGUCCAAAUAUAAGCUAUGCAGAUUAUACAGGACCUGUAGCUAGUGCUAACCCAACUGGAUCACCAUUUGCAAACAAUGCAUUCACACAGAGUCGUAGCCAGGAAAUGGUGCAGGUGAACACGAACAAUUAUCAGGCACAAGGUGCCACAGCAUACAGUAUAGGAUUUAACGGAAAUGUACUAAAUAGCAGUUUAGGCAGUGGAAUGACAAAUUUGAAUAUAAAUGCUGCUCUAGGAGGAAAUCCUAAUGGAGCCUUUACAUCCGCUGGAUUAGAAAGUUUGAAAAUGACUCUCCGAAGCAGUGGCUAUUCUGAUCAGGCUACCGAAGAAAUUGUUGUAGCCAUGAACACUUUAGCUAAUUAUGGAAUUCUAAACAUGAUUUCACUGAACCAGAUUCCUGGCAUGACAAUGCAAAGUAUGCCCACCCAAUCUGCCACCUUGGCUGGCAUGAAUCUGAAUUCAUCCAUGGGAGCUACUCAAAUGAUAGCUGCCACCCCAACCACCUCUGCACAAACUGUGAACAAUAAUUCAUUUCUGAACACAAGUAACAACUCCACCACUGCUGGUAGUCUGUUUGGGCCGGUUGGCAGUGGUUCAUCUGGAUUAGGAAGCUCUGGCUCGGGGGCUGGUUCCAGCCUUUUUGGCAGUUCUUCUCCAAGCAUGGGUCAAGAGAGAUAUGGUGGAAGCCCAAUGCUGAAUGAUUCAUUUAGUGCUACAACAUAUGCCAGUACUCCGCAGGGAUUCCCUCAGAUGGAUAGAUCUCCAAACAUCAGUUUGAAUUUGAAUCAAAAUUCAUUCGGACUGGGGACUGGAAUGUACAGCCCAACAGAAGACAAGCAGGGGACCCAGAAACAAGAGUUGGAGGUGGCGGAGAGUAUAGUAGGAGCCAUCCUAGGGCCCGGGGGGAAAGGAAUAGUGGAGCUGCAGCAGUUCACUCAAACCAACAUUCAGAUAUCGAAAAAAGGAGUUUAUGUGCCCGGAACACGUAACCGCAUCGUCACUGUCACUGGAUCUCCCAGUAAUAUAAGUAAAGCCAGGUAUUUAAUCCAGCAAAGGAUACAACAGGAGGAGAUCAAAAGGGCCCAGCAAGCUGCACGCUAGGACCCACAACUGGCUUUAAUUUACUUUCCAAAUAAUAGAUUAUAUGUUUCCUUUUUUUCUAAUUUUAAUGAGUUUAUAUUUUAAUAUUAUUUUUGGAAUGCACUGUACCCCUCAUCUUGAUAAAGGAUAUUGUUUUUUUUUUUCACAAUGCAUAUAGAGUCAUUACAGAUCUUCUUUCAGUGCAUGACCAUCUUGAAAAAAAGUCAUAUUGUUGUUUUGUUGUUGUUUUUGAGUUACAACAGAGACUUGUAUCUAUCGUACUCUUCAGAAAAGAAGAGCAUUUUGUUGUUUUCUUUAUUUAUUCUGCAUGUGAUGAAGAUAAUUGUUUUAAAUCUUUGUUUUUAUGUAAAUAUGAUAUCGUUUUUUCCAGCAUUAAAUUUCAUACUAUUUAAAACCUCAUCAAAUCAACCACUUAGCACUCAUAGAGUGGAUUGAAUGCAAAUGAACUUUUUUUAAAACAAAAUGAUCAGGAUUUGACGUUUUAUUAUAGAGAUUGAAAGAAGAUAACGUUCUCGAUGCAGAACCAGGUUUCGGUGAAAAGAAACUUUUUUAGCCAAUCAUGUAAUGGUUUCUUAACAAUAUUUUAAGAUUUUGGUUUGAUAUAUAUUUUUUAUUCUUAGUUUUUCUUUGUGUGCAUUAACUAUAAAGGAUUUUUUCAAUUGAAACCUUGCCUUUCUCAGAAAGGUUGAUCAUAGUUCAUUACUGGGUGUCGUGAAACAAACACUAUUUUAUUUUUUAAUUCGAAUGGAAGUGACAAAAUGCAGGGAUAUUGAAUUGCCAAGCAUUCAGAUAUGAAAUGGAAUGUAUAUGAAAUCCAUCUAAAACAUAUCAAACUCCAUAGAAACACGCAUGAUUGGGCUUUUUCGUUCAAGACCGUUUUGGAUUACUUUUUCGAUAAUGCAAAGCAAUGACUGGGAUAUUGUCUGUGACAAACAAGUCCAUUGUCCAUAAAGCAUCAGUAAUUCUUGGGGAAUUUCUCAAGAGUCAGUGAAUGGAAUGAUGUAACAGUAUAGUUAUUAAUGUGUAUAAAUUAUAAUACCUGUUACAUUGUUUAAAUAUGUAGUCAUUUUUAAUUGUUAUUAUUUAAGUAAGUUGUUAACAGUUGUAGUAAAAUGCUGUUGUAUAAAAUUGUAUGCCUAUUUAUAUUGCAGUUUGAGAUCUAAUUACCAUGAUGUAAUCAUGCCACUAUGACUGACUAAUUAAUAUAUUUACAUAAUUCAUUAAUUAACUUCUUAGAAAGUGAGCCUGGGUGACAAUGUCACAGAUUCUGAUAUUUUUUUUUAAAGAAAGAAGACGUAGAGAGCUGUCAAAACUCCCUUCCCGACUGGUGUUAUGUAUCUGCAUUACUAGAUUGUUUAUGUAUUACAUAUUGGAAUAUUUAUAUCUAGAAUUUGUUAGUAAGUGUUUGAAGCAGUAGUUAUCUUUACCCAGAGCUGUGUGGAUGUGUGUGUCAUUUUAUUCCUUCUUUUUUAAAUCCUCAGAUGGGUAUCAAGUGAUUUUUUUUUUACCCAAAUAUAUCUUAAUGUUCAAGUGUGAAGCAGGCUAGAGUAAUAUUAUAUGUAUAUAAGAUAUUUUUUUUCUUCUUGCUCUCUUUCGAUUCUGUUGUUGCCAAUUUUGCUUGUUUACAAAGCCACUUUCAGCCCAUGUUUAAAAAGUAUCGUCUUUCAGCAGUAAACACAAAACUUUUUCGCAUGAAAUUACACACCAUCAGUGUUAUGGACAUUCGUGUAUUCUCUGGGUUCUUUGCAUUUUUUGAAAUCACCCAUUUUGUCAUCCUUGGCAUUUAUCAUAUAGUUUCUUGUUAUUUGAUGAUGUGCCAGCUACAAUGUCUUUCAAACAGAUUUGAAAAAAAAACCCAGAAACAAUACUUGACCUUUUUGAAAAAAAAUUACUAUCAUGAUUAUUAUUUAUGAUUGUGUGAUGGCUUUUUGUCAUUGUUUUCAUCAUGGCGUAAUGGUGUUUGGAGCCAGCUCCUUGGUACAUGUUUCAUCUCAUCUCACAAUUCUCAGUAGAUAUUACCAUUUCUCAAAAGAGUAGAAUAUUUGUUGAGUGCAACUUCCUGCUGUUGCUAGAAUUAACUCCCUUGGGUUUUCAUCCAUCAUACUUGUAGAGGUAUACAUAUUUAACAUGUAACACAGAACGAAUCACCAUAACUUCACGACAGAUGUACAAAACUUUCAUACAGAGCUUUCAUGAUUUUUUUUUUCUUUUGAUAAAAAAGAUGAAACAAACCUAGUCAGUUUUUACACACAGAUUACAGACGUAGGAGGCAUAAUAAUUGAUGUUUGUUUUUAUUCCACACACAUAUCAAGAGACACAUGGAAACUCGUCACGAAAGCAGAUAUAAAGAUCUCAAAAACAUUUUCAUCCAACAUUUAAUCAGAGAAGUUUAUUUUUUAUUUGUAUAUAGUGGAAUAUGUUCUCCAUUUCCUUUUAUUAUUUUGCCUUUGCAAAUGUGCUGCUCUUUUGACAAGGGGUAGUAGUUAUUUUUUGAACUCCACAAAUAUUGGUGCAAACAUUUAGUAAUAUACUUUCAGUCAUCCACAAAUUAUUCCGAAGAAGAACAUUAAUCAUUUCCAAUUAGGAUUUUCUUUCCUUUUUUGAGAUCACAGUUUAUGUACAUUUAGUUUUAUAAUAAGUAUUAAUCUUCCAUUUCAUUUUUCCACCGAAGAUUAAAAUCGAAAUUGUGAAGCAAAAUAAAGGGUCUUGAACAUUUCCAUUGAAGCAAUUCAGACAGUAUUUCACAGACCGACUUUAUAAUAGCAUCAUUUGGAUUUAUAUAUUAUAUAUUUAUUGUAAAAAAAAAUCUAGUCUACCUCUAACAUGAGUUGGGUAAAGAUGUGAUAUGCAAAGAUUUAUAUAUUUUUUUAAUAGCUAUUUAUGAUCCUUUUUCCAGUUUAACCAAGUUACAAGUUAUCCACUUAUGUUGCAAACUGUACCUUGCGAACUGGAUCCAAACAUCUUAUUCCUGAGUUUUUAGUUGGAUUAUAGCAAUACCAUGCUGACUUAAACAUGAGAUUGAAUUUUCAUAGAAACAAAAUGAGGAAGGGAGAUAACAACUUUUUUUAUACCAGUAGUUCCCUCUUGUUUCAUUUUUUUUCCCAGAACAGAAUGUCAUAUUGUUACAUUUAAUAUUUAUUUUUCACACCACAUUGUCACAUUAUAGUGAGCAAUUCAUUAUUUAAACCUUUUUAAGCUGUGAUAUUCCAAUAAGAUCAUUAAACCACAUAGAAUUGUACAUAGUCUGUAGAAAAUCUUAGUUAGGUUUAAUUGCAAUGUCAUUAUAUGAUUUUUUUAAUGCUGUGCAGGGAUCGUUAUAUAUCUGAAUGCUACUUGUCUGGUAUUUUACUUACCCAAACAAAGGUCAAUCUUACCUUUUUGAAGGUAAUUUUAACCUUCGUGCAGGUAAAUGAGGAUACCUUGUGUGAUUGGGGAAGAACAUGUGAACACAGAGAAUAUGUACAUUGUAUAGUGCUUGUGUUGCUAUGACUACGGAAAUUCCUGUUUGUAAAUAAGUACAUGCAAAUUAUAUAUUGACAUUUAUAGAAAUAUUUUAUUUAUAUGUGAAUUAAGUCAGAUGGUAUUGCUGUAAUGUUUUUGGUGAGGUGUAUAAAUCUUGAGUGUAAUCUAACAUGCACAAAACAGUAGGAUGCCAUCAGUCUACAAUGGAAAUAUUGUAUUUAUAUUGGAAUUUGUAAACUUAAUUAAUAAUACACACGUCAGAAAAUUUUUUGUGUUAGAUGUAUAAAAGCUGCAGUGCACACUGAUGAUGAUUUGGAUUAUGACGAUGAAUUCAAAAUUUUUUCUUUUUCUCUUACAAUAUUCUUAACUAACUUGAUGAUUAUUUUUGUUGCUGGUGAGUGAAGGGACAGAGUUUUUAUUUUGACUGUUUUUUUUGUUUGUUGGCCUACAAUCCUGAUUGUUGUGUAUAGAUAUUGUUUGGUUUAAUAUACCUCAUAAAAGGAUAAACUACUUCAAGUGAGUGAAGAUUGAUGGUGGAAAAUAGAGCAAAACUCCAGUCUUGUGUUAUGUUUUGUUAAAUAUUUUAUUUCUACUGUAAAGCAAAUUGUUGUCACUUUAGUAUGUAUGGUUUGUUAAUGGCUUUCAGUUAAAGAUAUAUAAUUUAUUGUAGUUUUUUUUUCUUUUUCUCCCCAAGAUAUGCACUGAUUAGGAGUCAUGUGAAGAACAAACUAUUGUCUAAAUUAUUUAGUGGCAUCAAUAUGCAUGUGCCAAAUAAACAAAUCUAAAAACCAAACUUCUGGAUUUCUAAUUUUUUUCCCCCCAGAGAAUUCAGUGAUGAAUUCUUGGCCUUCUUUUUGUCACCUAUAUGAUAAGCUUAAUAUAGAAUGAUGUACAAAAGAAAGUACAGAAUUGCUCUGAAUGUUUCUGUAAAGAUAAUUAAUUGACAUGGUAUUUGCUCUAGUAUCUCUUUCAAAAUAUUUUAAUGCAAAAAAUUGAGAAACAUAUGUUCAGUACUUCUCUAUUAUUAAAUAGAAUACAUUUUUGUUUGAACACAAAACUGAUUGACAGAUCUUGGAGGAAAUUCAGACUUCUUGAGUUAAUAUUUUUUAAAACCAAAACUUGCACACUGAAUGGAAUUUUGCCAUGUGUUAAUGGAUAAUGGACAGAAGUUUGGUUUUGAAACCAAUAUAGUGCUGAGUUUUUGUACAUGAAAUUCAGGGAGAAAUGCUCUAGAGUGAAAGCCUGUGUGAGAGAUAAGGGUAGUUGAGUUAUAGAAAGCAAGAGAUGCCUAUGUUGAAAUCUUCCAUUUAUUUUGAAUGUACUGACAUGCUGUGAUAAUUUGAGGUGCAAUUUAUUUGUUUGAAAGAAAGAAUUGAUUGUUAUAGGGUUAAUCUCUCAAGAUUUCUGUGGUAUUUAGGAUUUUGAUUUAAAUUUUUUUUUUGGUCAUUGAAUUUUAAAAAUAUCUGAUAGUCAAGAUACAUGUGGAAGGAUAUACGUUUUCAUUUACACUUUGUUAGCUUGCUCAGAGAAAAUUUGAAUGAGUGGGCCAAUAGUGCAAGAAAAGAAAUUUUGUUUGAUUGACAAGUAUUUUACUAGUUAAAGGAACUGUGUGAUCUGUAUAGUACAUUGGAAGGAGGUAUUAUAGCAAAUACCAUUGUAAUCAUCUUAAACAGAGUAAAUAAACUUAUUGCAGAAUAAAGUAUGGGCUGAAAAUA